CUUCUCUGACCCGAGUCUGCGAUCCUUUGACAACUAAUUUGCUGACUGACAUACAUACUUAUUAUCAUGAAUCGCGAUCUCCUUGCUCCUGAAGUCUACGUGGAAAGUCCUUCGUCAUCUGUCUUUGACUUGUCUGUUCAACCAGUUAGCCAAACUCCUGACACCGUCCAUAGCGGUCGUAACGGCUCUGGAGACAGACUCUACUCUGCCACACAUAUCGAACACGAUACGACUGGCCACAUCAGUUCCCGCUCAAGGUCUUCUAUCUCCUACCUCAUCGUCUCUGGCGGAACUGGGGGAAACAGCAUCUGCGCUGCAUUUGAUAACGCGUGUUACGUCUUGCCUGUCUCUGAUGACGGUGGCUCUUCCAGUGAAAUCAUCAGAGUACUCGGCGGACCUUCGAUCGGUGACAUUCGGUCGCGACUUGUGCGACUGAUUCCUCCCGCUCCCCCCUCUUCGCCUCUUGAUGCAAUCCGCAAGUUGAUGUCGUAUAGACUGCCAGUGGACGUGACCGAACGCGAAGCUCGCGACGAAUGGAGGGAUAUCGUCGAAGGUACCAGCUCACUCUGGUCAGGUAUCCCCAACGACCGUAAAGAGACUAUUCGCGGUUUCCUCGUCUAUUUCGAAGCAGAGGUCCUCAAGAGGGCCCACAAACGCUUCUCCUUCAUCAACGGAAGUAUUGGCAACUAUUUUCUCGCCGGGGCUAUGGGGUUUCUCCGCUCGUUGCCAUCUGCGAUCUUCUUGUUCUCUUCCAUUACGAACAGCCAGGCUAAUAUUCUUCCUGUCAUUGUGACAAAUCACACCGUCACCAUCGCGGCCGAAUUGGAGAAUGGUUCCAAGUUGGUUGGCCAAUGUGAGAUAUCACACCCAGUCGGACAUAGCACGUCCGAAUCGUUCGAACAAAUGCAGAAUAGCGGCGGGGACGACGACGAUUCUUCUUUGGAUGGCAUCUCCGAGGACGGCAUGGGUGAAGUCUUGCCCCAGCGCCAGAAUGUCAAGUUCAGCCAACAAGAGAAAGAUACCAUAAUCCCGCCACUGACAUCUCGGAUAUCCAAAUUACAUUAUAUCAACACGUAUGGAUCUGAGAUCCAUCCGGCGCCAAAUCCCGAGUAUCUCAGGAACAUCUCCGCCUCCAACGUCCUGGUGUACGCGUGUGGAUCCUUAUGGACCAGUAUCAUUCCCUGCCUUGCCUUACGUGGCGUAGGGCCAGCGAUAGCCCGCUCCAAUUCCCUGAGGGUGAAGAUCCUUCUACUGAACUCGGAAAAUGACCGCGAGACACCGGGCUAUACCGCCGUUGACUAUAUCCAAGCAUUCGCGUCCACCCUGAACGCCCAAUACCAAAAACCUCCCUUUGGCCUUGGAAACGCCAACACCACGUACCCGGUAUCAGCGUUUAUUACGCACAUGGUUUACCUUGAGGGAACACAUGUCGACGUGGAUGUCAAUGCCGUCACGGCACUUGGUGUAAAAUGCAUAAAAAUCAGUGGGCCGGGCAAUAGCCCUGGAAAACCCCCGCGUUUCGACGCCAAGGCUGCUAGGAAAGGUGUUGAGCUUGUAUUGAGUCAACUCAAUUGACCAACUAGAGCAAAGCCGAUAAGAAACAGGAAGUCGUACUAAAUCUGAUUAUAUACUAUAUUAACCGGAAGAGUCUCCAGUGUUGCGAAUAGAAAUACAGUCCUAAUGCCAAAAUGAACCAGGAAACCAAUGCGAUGUAUCCAAAUAAAGACAUAAAAUAGGGAGCAGAAAAGUUCACUGAGAAAAGGAACAUCAGUCAAAUUGUGAGACAAAGCUGGCAAGGAAACUAUGGAACGUACGAAUAGGAAAGCGACCUUGUGAGGCCAGAGAAUAUUCAAUCCGGCGGGGUUGUAUAUUUCUCUAUUGAGCCUGUCUAUCU